ACCGGCACGGCGACCGGCAGCAGCUCUACGGCUGUGCCAGGCACAAACACUGCUUCCCUCGUGCCGCCGGUGGGCGCAGACGAUGAUCCAAGCAAUGAGUCGGAUGCAAACUGCGGCAAGAUCCAGGUUCGGAGCUACCUAGCCCCUAGGAUAGUGAAUGAAGUCGUUGCUGCCCUGACGGAACCACAAAAAAAGUUGUUUGUUGAGAGGGGCCUUGGCGCCAUGCUGUCACUCCCUGAACUUGUGAACAUAGACCGUUAGUACAGUUUCUGGAAUGCUACUAGGAUAGAUCCGGUUAGGAAAACAGUCAGGCUGGGUGAUGGCAGUUCUCGGCUGGUGAUGGCUGAUGCUGUUAGGGAUGUAGUAGGUGUGGGGACGGGUGACAGGGAGAUUCCCUUCCCCCAUGAGCCGAGCUGCGUCGAUCGUGAUAUCUUCAGGGACGUGUGUGCCGGUUUGGGACUAGAUGAGACGCUGGAUAAGAUUAGCUUGCAAAUGCUGCGGUCCGUGCUUGCUUCCCCAGGUGAUCUAAGUGUCGAUUUUGAGUCCAACUGGCAAUGUGCUGCAUUUGCUCUCCUUUGCACUGCUUGCUUGUUCAAUCCUAGAGUGAAUCGGAAGGACGACCCGAUCAGCCCGGAAGUGUUCAUUGUUGUGCGUGAUCCAUCGAAGAUGUUUGAGUUUGAUUGGUGUGGAUACAUAAAAGUUGUUAUCAUGGCUGGUGUGACUAAGAUGCACGCUGAUCUCAAUGCUGGGGCGACGACGGUUCAGUUGCAAGGGUUCCUAAUGGUUCCUCAGGUAAUCACAUUUGCAAGGCUGAGGACUUCCAGCUGCUCGCUGGUUUGGACGCUGAUCGUUGAAGUAUUGGUUGACACAGGUUAUAUGGCAAGGCGAGGAUAAGGUUUGUCGGUGAAGAUGUCGCCAUAGGGGACUCGGUGAACCAGGGGUUGCCUCCUGUUGUGGAUGUUGACGCUGCUCCAGUUGUUGCCCCAGCUGAAACUGUCGUUUCACUGUCUGAAGUGGCCGGGUGGCAGG